ACCAGUUCAUUCACAGUGUCAGUCAACAAUGUGAACCAACCAGUGUUGACUGACAAUGUGUGUGUUUGCGCGCGCCGAGAGAGGAACAGCUGGUAAUUAAGGCGGCUAUGGGAUCCCUUUUAUGUGCAGCGCUUUUGAGCGAUUGUGUUUUACAACCGGCUCUUACCUGGACCGUUGAUCGAGUGAGGUGGGACUGACAGCAGUUGUGGUCGAGGAUGAAGAUGAUCUUCAGGAUCCUGCUGCUCAUCAGCUUCAUCUCAUGCUUCUCUGGAUCUUUAUUAGUGAAUGUGACCCAGACCCACUAUCAGGCAGAGCAGAACCACAGCAUCACACUGGAGUGGACCUUCACACCCAAACCUGACGUGUCCAUCACCUCAGUUUACAUCUUCUGUCAGCUGGUGACUGAUCUCAGAGUCUCAGUCCUGUUUCAUCUCCAUGAAGGUGUUGAGGUCUCAAAGUCUCAGGAUCAACAGUUUUCAGGACGAGUCCAGUUUGACAGAGACGAGCUCAGAGAAGGACGCCUCAGACUCCAAGUGUCCAGACUCAGGACUGAUGACUCAGGACGCUAUGACUGUGACAUCAGAACAUCAGAUGGUUGGAACACGGACGUAUGUCGACUCAACGUCACUGCUGUUGAUCAGCACAAAGCUCAGACAACAGUGAGUCCAGAACCAGAGAACUGGAGGAGAAUAGGCCUUUAUGUUGCGUUGGUGCUGACAGCAGCAGCUCUGUUUGUCUGUGUUCUACUGUUCUCAUUUUUUCUAUGUCCUAACAGAAUUAAACUUAUCAGAACUAAACUUCAUAAGGUUGCUUCAAAAACCAGAAAAAGACCCUACACUUCCAUCAAGUUACAAGUUACCAAUUUCACUAAUAAAUGAACAAAAAAAAGAACUAAGCCUCAGGAUGAGACAAAGUUCAGGCUCUGUGUACAACUCAAACCUUCCCCGCUGUGUUUCCAUGUUCUCUAGUGUCUGUCAGUUUGAGUUAGUGGAGGUGUCUCUGUUUCUGUGUGUAACAUGUACAGUAAUUUAGCACUUUGACAAUUAUUUACACAUAUUGUAAAUAAACUCUUAUUUUUUACUAUGA